AUGCUUCUCUGUGUCGCCGUCACCCAGUCGCGCGCCUCACCGACUAUCCCACAGAUAAAGGCGGAGCUGAAGAAAUGCCGCGCGGCCAUGGCGAAACUGUCCGACUACAAGGCGUACCUCCAAGGAAUCGACGAGAUGCUGAAGCGUUCUCCCGCGGACAUGAAGGGAUUAUUCAACACCACUCUCCUAAUUCCCACCAACAAGGGCCUCUACGCCCUGGGACUCAGAACCCUCACCAACAUGACUGCCAUGACCGUCAUUGGCCAGUAUAACGUGCUGACUAAGCGUUACACUUCUGCACAGCUGGCAAAGCUAGCUCCCGGGGCCAAGAUUCGGACCGUGCUGCGAGGCGUGCCGAUCCAGGUGUUUCCGAAGCUCAAAGGGAGUGUUACGCUGGGAAAAGUAGGAGCAGGACCGAAAGCGCAGGCAACGAUGGUCACACCAAACCUUUGCAACGGAGUGUUUUUGAAGGGCCAUGGCAUGAAUCUAUAUCUCAAGCCCCCUGGAUAUUAG